AAGACUUGCUCCUGCGUAAAAUUACAAUAUUUGAAAUACCUCCGGUGUUAGAAUUGUUAAAACAUGAAAAUAAGAAAUGUUUUCCUUAAUGACUUACUUUAAAAAAAAACAAAUCAAAGUAAAUGGCUGCACGAAAUCGAAUGAUCCUUUCACCUUUUUAUUUUUUUUCCUGAGGCCUGUGGGACGUCAUCUUAUUGUUAUGACUGGUCCUUCGAUAUAAUUUCGGAGGUCACCGUGUAAUUAAAUAUCCCCCCUCGAAAAGUCUAGCCUAGGCUCCUCUUUAAAAAACAAUCAAAGCUGAGAUGAUUGUUUCAGGUGCUCCUUCUAGUUCAUGAUCAUGUGGGCUAGUUUUGCAGUAUGGUGCCUUUCUAAGCAAGAAGCUGAUAUUAGGACAAAAGGAUCCUUCGUAAGGGACUAAUUUUGGUCCGAUUAGCCACGCAGAUAUAGUUAAGCAAACACAAGUUCCAUUCCCUUUAAAGCGAGUGUUCGAUCAAUAUUGCAAGCAACCGGAAUAUAAUAUUUAAUAAUUAGGUUUAAGAGGAAAAAUGAUUUCCCGGUGUGUCCCCAUCAGCCUUUACUGUUGGUUGCCCAUUUAACGCUAUGAAAGUUGAUUUUGAUGAAAAGUUGAUCAUGUUUCCAGCUAUACAUUAAAGCCCUCGACUGUUUUUGUUUCAGUAAAGUCACAGGCGUCUCUCUGCCUCCGCCUUUCGCACGCUGCUCUGUAAACAGCUAAAGUCACACUUUAAGGCAGUUGGGUUGCAAACAAACUUUGAUUCCUGCUACAACAGAUGUCGUUUCUUGGUUUUUGGCUGCGUCUGGGGACAUCUUGUGAUGUUUUAGAGAACAGGACAUGAUCUCACAUGGCGAGAAGCUCUUUAGUUCCUUAAUCAUUUCACGGUUCCUUCGGAGGCUUUUUUUCCACCUAAAACGUUUAGUUUCAGCUCAGUGAUCAGCUGCAAAGGCUCGACGGGGAGCGGAAGAGUUGAAUUAUUCCAACCUGCAAGCAGAUCCUCAAAAAAAAAAAAAAAGUGGAAACUUUUUUUCUCUGUCCAUUUCACCAAGUCCUGAAAAAUCAGAAUGGAAUUAGAGAAAAACUACAUGACUUCCAGGACUGGCCGAACAGGACAUGGAGGAGUGAAUCAGUUAGGGGGUGUUUUUGUGAAUGGUCGUCCACUCCCUGAUGUUGUCCGCCAAAGGAUUGUGGAACUUGCCCACCAAGGUGUCAGGCCGUGUGACAUCUCCAGGCAGCUACGGGUCAGCCAUGGUUGUGUCAGCAAAAUUCUUGGCAGGUACUAUGAGACUGGGAGCAUUAAGCCUGGAGUGAUUGGAGGAUCCAAACCAAAGGUCGCCACACCCAAAGUCGUCGAAAAAAUUGCAGAGUAUAAACGCCAAAAUCCCACCAUGUUUGCCUGGGAGAUCAGGGACAGGCUUCUGGCCGAGCGAGUGUGUGACAACGACACCGUGCCCAGCGUCAGCUCGAUUAACAGGAUCAUACGGACUAAGGUACAGCAACCACCCAACCAGCAGGUCCCAGCCUCUAGUCACAGCAUAGCCUCCACGGGGUCCGUGACCCAAGUCUCGACAGUGAGCACUGACUCCGCAGGCUCCUCCUACUCCAUUAGUGGAAUUCUGGGAAUUACAUCCCCCAGUGCUGAAAGCAACAAACGCAAACGCGAUGAAGGUAUUCAGGAAUCUCCAGUACCAAAUGGCCAUUCCCUCCCGGGUAGAGAUUUCCUUCGGAAACAGAUGCGAGGAGAUCUUUUCACCCAGCAGCAGUUAGAAGUGUUGGAUCGAGUCUUCGAGAGGCAACAUUAUUCUGACAUCUUCACAACAGCCGAACCCAUCAAACCAGAGCAGUGGUGCUCCAUGCUGAUGAGACAAUACUUGGUGCAACCCCAGGCAGUCAUUUUUCAGACGACAGAAUAUUCAGCCAUGGCAUCAUUAGCUGGUGGAUUAGAUGAUAUGAAGGCCAAUUUAACAAGCCCUACUUCCGCAGAAUUAGGAGCUAGUGUUCCAGGACCACAAUCCUACCCUAUCGUGACAGGUCGUGAAUUGGCAAGCACAACCCUCCCAGGAUACCCUCCUCACGUCCCCCCUGCUGGACAGGGCAGCUACUCUGCUCCAACACUGACAGGAAUGGUGCCUGGGAGCGAGUUUUCUGGAAGUCCAUACAGCCACCCACAAUAUUCAACAUACAAUGACUCCUGGAGAUUUCCCAACCCUGGAUUGCUAGGCUCUCCUUAUUAUUACAGUGCUGCAGCCCGAGGAGCAGCACCCCCAGCAGCUGCUGCUGCCUAUGACCGCCACUGACCCAAGGAGUCUGGAACUCCAGCACUUACUAAACAUAUCAUCCAGGCUGACGGCAUCCGAUUCACCAUGAAAUAACCAUGCAAAUCAGACUGCAAGGAAGGAAGACAAAAGUAUCCAGUAGGAACCCGCUGGCUGAAAUUUUACUCUUUAAACUGGGUGAACUAAU